UGACGUUUCAUACUUAAUAAACAAGUUCCCGACGUUGUUUUGCCUCCCUUUCGUCGCUGUAUGUUUACGGUCGCGUUUCAUCCUACAAAAUAAUCCUCGUAAAGUUCCCGGAUUCUAAAUUCAAAUAUUGCAAAGCAUAAAGAAAACCCCUGCCAUCUAAAAUGAUUAUAAAAUUAAUUAAAAAGUGAUCGGAUCGAGAUAAUAUCGGGUGGGAACGCGUGUGACUGACGCCCACGCAUCGAAGCGACGAGCGAGCGCCACCGUUUCGUUUCGACAAAUCAUACGUACGUGCGGCGUAACUGCAUGACAAAUAAUUGUGUCAGCCUCGGGGGUGGACAAAAACGGAAUCAGGGAAAUUGUUAUCCAAAGAAAAACAAUUUUCUUGCGCGAUCGCGAACAUGUUAUGCAAGCAAAGAGCAACCUGCAAUUGUAUGCGAAGGCGUCGGGUGAUCUCUGCAAAAAGGAUGUGUCGCAUUUGAGUGUUUUUAUGGAAGUUUGUAUGUAAAUUGCGCCACUCGAAUCGAUGGACUGUUGGAUUUAUUGUUUUGACGCCGCAAGGGUGGCCGCCACCGGCUCGGUUGUGUUGUUAUUGUCAGGCUAUCGGGGGAUGGUGGAGUGAGUGAAAUUUUUGGUGAUUCAAGGAAAAUAUAACUUGGCCGGUGGUAGUUGCAGAAGCGAAACUCAUCGAACUUAUGUUUCAUCCGACCUUUGAACUUCUACAAAACCUCAACCGAUUCAUACGCUAUCACCAGUCCUUUCGCUUAAGAAAGGACACGUGAUCAAUCGCAACUACUCGCAACAGUAUGAUUAUCCUCCUUUGUUGGCUAGAAAUUUUCAAAAGCGACGCUGUACCUGUAACAUCUUCCACAAAACUUGCCUGCCUGCUUCUUAUGGGUUUUGUUAUAACAAUAAAUGGCGUGGAUUCAUCAGAGCGUCGGUUACCUAAUGUUCAGCUACAGUUAGACGGCAAAACAUCGCAGACGGACGGUGAACAUCUCCUAGUGGAUCGUAGAUCACUUGCGGAACCUACAGUUGCGCCCGGUGAAGGAUCAAUCGGAUUGAAUUUUUGUGCAGCGCCAUGUGCAUGUUUGGAUGAUUACUUUGAAUGUAAGAGACAAAAUUUGCGACAGGUCCCGCCCCUACCUAAGUGGGUGCAAAACUUAGAACUGACAGGUAACAAAUUGGAUGAUAGUGUCGAGGAUUCGAUUAAGGAUUUGUCGUCCUUAAAUAUUUUAAACCUGAAAAAGAACCAUCUUACACGUAUACCUCAGUUCCAUGGGCUGGUCUCUUUGGAAAAGCUGAAUUUAGCGCAUAAUCGUAUUCAAAUUAUUUCAAAAGAGGCUUUGCUUUCGUUGCCUUCAUUGCGGGAAAUCGAUUUGGGCAAAAAUCGCAUUAAGAGCAUCCUACCCAGUUCAUUUCCUAUUGGAAAUCAGUUGAAUCUUUUGAAUUUAAACGGAAAUCAAAUUGAUCAUAUUUUACCGGGAGCGCUUGAUAAUCUACAAAAUCUGGUUGAACUGCAUUUGAGUCAUAACCACUUAGCUGAGUUGCCGCAUGAAGUAUUUAAGUCACUGAACGUCCUUAAGAAAUUGGACAUGAGUUAUAAUAGCUUGAAUAUCUCAUGGGCAAUUUUCAAAGGAUUAGAUCAAUUACGAGUAUUGAAAAUUCGUGCGAACGGAAUUGAACAUCUUCCCGACGGAGUUUUUCAGGCUUUAAAAUCAAUUGCGGUGAUUGAAUUGGAUUCAAAUCGGAUAACAAACCUAAGCCGCAGUGGGUUCUUUAAUCUAAAUACUCUGACCACCUUGUCUCUAUCCAAUAACACCAUCCGAAGUCUUGAUGUCGACACUUGGGAAUUCAUCCAACAGUUGACUUUGCUUGAUUUAUCCGCGAAUCAUCUGUCGGCAAUAUCCGGUAACAACUUCAAAUGCUUGAGCAAGCUUAGGAAACUCUACCUCCAAUAUAAUCAAAUCAAGUAUUUUGCUGAUAAGGUGUUUGAAUGCCUCCACAAUCUGGAGUACUUAGACUUGAGCGGUAAUCAUCUAUCGACAACAAUUGAAGGGAUUCCUGGUCCGUUUACAACGCUCACGAAACUUCAGACCUUACAAUUGAAGGAGAAUGACGUGAAGUCGAUUAACAAAAAUGCAUUUCUGGGACUAGAUGCCCUAGUGUAUCUCAAUCUAGAUGGGAACGACAUCACGACGAUACAGUUCAAUGCAUUCGAGCCACUUAAGCGUCUUGAGAAGCUCGUUAUAAAUUCAACACAUUUCGUGUGUGAUUGUAAUUUGCAGUGGCUCCAUAAUUGGUUGAGUGCCCAGAAAGCUGAACAUCACGAUGCAAUUUCUGAUCAGGUGGUGGUUUGCAGCUACCCCCCGGAAGUGCAGGGACGAAAUUUACUGUCGUUACGUGAGGAUCAGGAUUUCAUGUGCAAUGAAUCACCGAAGCCCCGUUUGAUAAAGGAGCCGAGCAAUCAACUCGCAAUAAAAGGGACAAACGUUACACUUGAAUGCACCGCAAUAUCAUCAGUAGCUGAACCAAUGUUUUUCCAAUGGCGUCGGGAUAAUAUUGAUAUAAAAAGCAAUGAAACUGAAACUAAAAUACAAGAGCUAAACAACAAUACAAUUAUGACGAGCUUCUUCCAUUUGAAUGAUGUAAAUCGCGAGCAUAAUGGAAAGUAUCAAUGCACAGUUACAAACAGUUUUGGAUCAGCGUAUUCACAGCGAUUUAAAAUCACAGUAGCGAGCUAUCCGGGCUUUGGACGUACACCAAACAAUGUAACUAUCAGUGCAGGCAAUACAGCUCGUCUUGAUUGUUCUGCAUAUGGUGAACCUAUACCACAAAUUGCCUGGCAAAAAGACGGUGGUAAUGAUUUUCCUGCUGCUCGGGAACGCAGGAUGCAUGUAAUGACCGCCGAUGAUGCAUUUUUCAUAAUAAAUGCAAAGCCAUCGGAUAUGGGAGUGUAUACAUGUACUGCAGAAAAUCCAGCGGGAAUUAUUAAGGCAAAUGCAACACUUACAGUUCACGAAACUCCUGCCUUCAUGAAACCAACAGAACUGCGACAAGAGAUCAUUGUAGGUAAGUCAUUCGUCCUUGAUUGUUUUAUUCGGGGGUCCCCGCGGCCAGAACUACAUUGGUAUAAAGAUGAUAAGAUGUUGCAUAUGAAGGAGAGAUUUUACUUUGCUGCCGAUAAACAAUUGUUAGUUGUAACUGAUGCCGAGUAUGCCGACGCCGGGGUUUAUCGAUGUGAAAUAAAAAAUGAAUUAGGGGCAGCCUAUCGAUAUUUGACUGUAAAAAUGACAAAAUCUAUUUCAAAAGCUAUCGUCAAUGGGGACGAGAUGACUGGUAUUAUAAUUAUUACGAUUUUUUGUUGCACAAUUGCUACUUCUAUCAUUUGGGUUGUUAUCAUUUAUCACACUAAAAAAGGAAAUGAGUGUAAUAACAACAAUUAUGUGCGUAAUGCUAUCGACAUGAGUGUCAGCCCUCAAAUCACGCAAUCGAUGAAUUUACAGUCGCGAUUCCUUUUGCAACAACAACAGCAAGUUGCUAAUAGUAUGGGAAAUGAUGAUCUAGCUAUUGAUAUCUUACAUCCAUUGCCGAACGGCAGCUUGCCAUCAAAUCAUAAAGACAUCGAUUAUACUUCGAAUAAAUAUUCUGGUACGGGAGUGUCGAUGAAAAUAAGCCAGAGUGUUGAUGAUGUCAAUACAAGUGAUUCACAUUCGAAUUGCAAUAAUAAUCCAACAACAGAUUCUUAUGAACUUGCCACCUAUAAUCAAAAACAACAAAUGGUUCCACUGAUAAAUUCUGCCUCGCAAAGCCAGCACGCAUCAUCGCCAACAUCACCUUCAGUAUCGCAACCUUUCCCUUCUUCAUAUGUUGCUACAUCGUCUUUUAUGAAGCCACGAGCAACUUCACUUCGAUUAGGCAGCAGUAAUAGCGACGAUAAUAGUAUAAAACAAGCAUCACUACGUAAUAAUAGUGAGAAUUAUCAUAAUCAUAUUUCAAACUGUAACAGCCCAUCGUGUACAAUGGAACAAACAUUGUCACUUAUUCGUAGUAAUGAUAGAAAUGUUCGUAACGGUUGCGUACGAAAUGAUGGUAUUCCUAUUUCAUCUAAUCUUAGUAAUAAUAAUUCUCCUAGUAUUGCCACCAAUGGAAAUUGAGUGUCUUAUGUAAAUGCGGUUUGUAUUUAAGCAAUGUGCAGAUGUGGUUCUUUUGUAGAUGUAGAUAUUUUGCUUUGUGUUUCAUAAUAUUCAUUUCGUUUGUAUUUGGUGUAACAGCUUUAAUUCAAUUUAAGUUAUUACAUAUAUCAUUUGCAUGUCAAAUUAACACUCCUAAAAAUGAAAUUAACGCUUCAACAAAUGAAAUUAACACUUUAACAAAUGAAAUUAACGUUUUAAGAAGUAGAAAUAACGACGUUUCAACACAAAUACAAUUCCCAACUGAAUCAGGUCCUGGAGCCUAUCUUCUUGUAAAUCAUCUGCCAAACCUUCGCGUACUUGUCCCUUCAUUUUCGAAAAAAAAACCUUUUCAAUUGGUAAAAAUAUUAGGCGAAGACGGCUUUACGGUUUCUUACUAGGGCAGAGGCAAAUCGUCAGAG